AUGCAGAUCCAAUCCGCCCUCGUCUCCCUCGCCCUCGUCGCCGGCACGGCCUCGGCCUACGAGCACGUCUACACCAACGGCACCUACACCAUCACCAAGGUCUGGGACGCCGUCACGACCUACUGCCCCCAGCCCACCACCCUCUGCUUCAACAACCGCACCUACACCAUUGAGCAGCCCACCACCUUCAUCAUCCCCGACUGCCCCUGCACCCAGACCUACACCACCAACCAGUGCUCCGAGUGCGCCCACGCAACCGGCUACGUCGUCCCCGCUCCGCCCGCCCAGACCGACGUGCCCCCCGCCGUCCCCACCCAGACCGGCCUCAUCACCUGCCCCGGCAGCCCCAACUGCCCGCCCGGCGCCUCGGGAUCCGUCCUUCCCCCUGCUCAGACCGGCUCCGCUGGCGUCGUCUGCCCCGGUAGCCCCAACUGCCCUCCCGCUGCUUCCGGCGGUGCUGGCGGUGCUGGUGGUGCUGCCUCCGGUGGCGCUGGUGGUGCCGGCGGUGCUGCUACCCCCAGCCAGACCGGCGCGCUCGUCUGCCCCGGCAGCCCCAACUGCCCCGCCACCGGCACCGCUGGCACCAACGGCACCAAGCCUACGACCGUCGUCGUCGCCGGCGCCGAGAAGAACGCCGCUGCUGCUGGUGUUGCUCUCGUUGCUGGUGUCGUUGCCGUUUUGGCUCUGUAA